AUGACCAUCGAAGCGAAGGCGAAGAAAGUUGUCACGAUAUUUGGAGGGACUGGGAACCAGGGCAGUAGUGUGGCACGUUCCUUGCUAGCACACAAGGAUAAUAUCUUUCACGUCCGUGUUAUCACCAGAGACCCUCAAUCCGACAAAGCGCAAGCCAUUGCAUCACUCGGGGCAGAGCUCGUCCGGGCAGAUGGAAUGAAUCCAGUCGAAAUGGCCAAUGCCUUCGCUGGCAGUUGGGGGGCCUUGAAGUCAUUAGAUGGUCCCAGUGACUAUGACCUCGGCGCGACGGUAAUCGAUGCUGCAGAGAAAUCAGGCGUCCAACAUGUGGUCUAUAGCUCUGGACCAUCCAUCACCAAUGCUACAAAGGGCAGAAUGCAUAUCGAAGGAUUUGAGACCAAGUACCAUGUUGAGCAAUAUGGGCGCAAGAAAGCAUUUGCUAGCUUCACUCCCAUAUUAUGCGCCUCCUUCAUGGAAUGCUUCUUCUAUGAUCCCUUUGUGGAUGCCUUUGGUGGUUUCCCUUGGAAUCCUGACCCGGAGACAAAUGAAUUGGUCUUCAGAACCCCGCCAUAUGGGGGAAAGGGUGAUAUGCCCUGGGUUAGUUGUGAGGUCGAUCUCGGGGACAUUGUUCAUGGCAUCUUUUUGAAUCCGUCCAAAUACAAUCAGAUUCUGGUUCAAGCAACAAGCCAACAAAUUGCAAUGAGUGACAUAGCAGCGUCAUACACACAAGCCACUGGAAUUCCUGCUCGAUACGAGGAGAUGCCAUCCUGGUCUAGCAUUAAGCUCAACGGUACACGGUGCCGAAUCGAGACUCGCCAAAUGUUCUGGUACAUGAACUCUUGCGGUGGCCGGUGGUUUGCAGAGCACGAGAGCGACAUGUCGACCGCGGCGGUCUUGAAAGAAUCUGCAAUGGCAGCUCGAGGCCAAGUUGGAGGUCCUACUACAUUUCAGAGCUGGUUUAAAAAGGCGCAUCUCCUCAAAUCCCAAAGUGUGUGA